AGAGAAAGAGAAAGCAACAAGAUAUGCAAAGUUGUCCAUCCUCAUCUCUCCCCCCAAACACUUUUCAAGCUUCUCCUCAUAUCAGCUGGUAGGAAAGCAGAGACACAAACUGAUCUCAAAGCUUUUGCCAAAGCCUUGUUUGGUUGCACAUACAAGGAAAUAGCACAAAGUUGAAAGAAAAGAGAGAAAGUAAUUGGGAAAGGGAAGAAAAAGAAGGAGGAGAGAGUGAUAGAUAGAUAUAUAGAUAGAUUAGAUAGAAAUUUAUAUCAUUAUUAAGGUUUCUUUUGAAGCUCUCAAUAUAGCUAAUAUAGCUAGCUAGCAUGAUGAUGAUUGUUUGAAGCUUGGCCACCAAAGAAGAAGAAGAAGAAGAAGAAGAAGAAGACUCCCUCUCAUCAAAUGAUCAUGGCCGGAAACCCUAACUGGUGGAGCAUGCAUCCACCAACUUUGAUCCCUCCUCAGUAUGUGCUUGGAUCUUCCUCAAUUCCCAUGAAUCUCUUCACUGAAACCCAAGACACUCCUCAGUCAUGGAGCCAGAUGCUUUUUGCUGGGCUGCCUGGAGAAAAAGAGAGAAUGGGGUCGAAUCUUUUUCAGAACAAGAAGAUGGAAAUUUGGGAAGAUCACCAGAAUAUUCUGAAUAAUAAUAAUCCAUCUUCAAGAGAAGCUCCUCCUCCUGUUAUUGAUGUAAUCAAGCAAGAAGUUUCCCAACAAAGUGGUAACUUGUACAGCCAUGGAACUGAGGAGUUUCAUCAUCAGCAGGCUUCAGGAUCUCAUGGCUCAUCGUCUUAUUGGUUAAACAAUAUGGUUCCUCAAUUUAUUCCUUCUAAUUCUUCCCCCAAGUCUCGUGCCAUCACUAGCUCAAGUAAUGACACUAAUAUUUUGGAUUUCACUUAUAACAAGCCACUUCAUAACAACAAUCAACUGCAUCGACAUAGCCCAUCUGAGAGUAAUAAUAGCUCAUCAAUCCCUUCUGGAGUUUGUAAUAAGAAGGCUAAGGUUCAGGCAUCUCCAAGCCUGCCUCCUCUCAAGGUGAGAAAGGAGAAACUAGGAGAUAGAAUAACAGCCCUUCAUCAGCUAGUUUCCCCCUUCGGAAAGACUGACACAGCUUCUGUCUUGUUAGAAGCCAUUGGAUAUAUUAGAUUCCUCCAAGGUCAAAUUGAGGCACUAAGCUUGCCUUACAUGUCGAAUGCAUCCAAAAGCAUUAGGAAUCAGCGCUCUGUGCAUGGAGAAAGGAAUUCUGUGUUCCCGGAGGACCCGGGUCAGCUGUUGAAUGACAAUGGCCUCAAAAGAAAAGGAGCUUCGAAGGAGGAAGGAGAAGAAAAGGGAAAGAACUUGAGGAGCAGAGGGCUGUGCUUGGUGCCAGUGUCUUGCACUCAACAUGUUGGAAGUGAAAAUGGGGCUGACUACUGGGCACCUGCUUAUGGCAGCGGUUUUUAAUUUUGACGCUAUCUAUCUAUAUAACAUCAUGAGCAGUCAAUCUAUAAUAAUUUCAUAUCAUUUCCACUAAUUAUUAUUAAUAAAAUAAUUACUGAUUAAUUGCUCAUGAUGCUGUAUGUGCAUUAUUCCUAGCAGCUAUAUAUAUAUAUAUAUAUAGGUUUUAAUCCAUGUACUCUUUCUCUAAUUCUAAUAUCUAAUGAUCAGGAAUUCAGGAUAAUUACUUGUAAUAUCGAGUUAUAUUUAGUAAUGAGCAAGAUUUCCGGAAUAUUACUUAACAUUUUUUCUGCUUUUCAAUGGAUAAGGAGAGGUAGACUGGA